AUGGCUGACACAAAGGGGUACCAGCCUGUUAGUGACAAGACAGAGGGCAAGGGCUGCAACCCGGUCAUUGGCAUCGUCAUUGGCCUGGUGGUGGCGUGUGGAGCUUUCGGCGGCGGCUACUUCUUGGGUAGUUCGGGCAAGUCCACCGAGGUCGUUCACGAUGGUACCUCGCACUUGGUCAUUCCACCCGAGCCGGCCGCAGAUCAACGCAAGCAGGCGCUUAGCCACAUGUCCAAGGAGGCUGUGGAAGCAAUGGAUUUUCGAGGAAAGGCUUUGAAAGCAGAGAUGAAGCAUCUGAGGAAGGUGCACACCGACAAUCAGGUCUCUGUCAACCCGCAUGAAGGCAAGCGCUCGGUCGGAGCAAUCAAGGCCUUGCUGAAGGAGAACAACUACGACGCCAAGGCCGUGUGUGAUGCCGUGGGCCUUGCUGGCAGCUGCGAGGACGAGCUGGCCAAGGAGUUCAAGAAGAAGGACAUCGACCAUGCGGCCGUUGCGAAGAUGAUCCUGCGCGGCUACUUCACACCCACAAGGUCCUUGGAGGAUGCAUCUGCCGAGACUGCCGAGACCUUGCGGCGUCGACUCACGGAGCUUCCACAGGCGGAGCCCCAUCACAUUUGCAUCACCGGUGGCCGUGCCGAACACGUGGCUAAGAACUGGUUGUCCUCGACAAUGCAGGAGUACCUCAUGCCCAGCGCGAUCGCCCCCGAGGGCCGAUGCCCGGUGUGGGAAGAGAAGAUCGGCCACAGCUUGCUGACGGUGAGCUCCGACAUGCCGGAUCGCUGCGCCGCGCGCUUCAAGGUGCACCUGGCCAGCUGCGACGUCCUGGUCCACGCGCAUCAUGAGGAGGACUGCCAUGACCUCUACAAGCUACGCCUGAUCGCAGAUCAAUCGCAUGCAUCUUUCAUCGUCCUGCACUCGGGGAAGAUGUUGGACUGCUACGCGCGCAGGCACGCGAUGGCCAAGAAUGCAGGGCUCAUGCCGCUGAGUGAUGAAGAGAUGCAGCCGCAUCACACCAUUGGCUUGCAGGAGCCCGAGGCUCAGCUCAGCUUCCGCCGCGCGCUGGUGAGGAGCCUGCGGCGCCAAGCCCUGGAGGCCCGCCUGCGCUAUCGGCACUCCCAGGACGACGGCACCAUCUCGGGGCUCCGGAGUCGACUGGUGGGUGCCAAUGGCGCCAAGGGGGACCUGAUGAUCGAGCUCCUGAAGCACACGCAGGGCUUCGCUGCUGACCCCACGGCGCUGAAGCUGCUCGGCAGGCGCCUUGGAGGAUACGGCUACGGUGAUGAGGUCCAGGCUCUCGUGCUUGACAACGGCAGCGGCAUGAUGAAGGCCGGUUUUGCUGGGGACGACGCUCCCCGCGCCGUCUUCCCCAGCAUCGUUGGGAGGCCCAAACAUCAAGGGGUCAUGGUCGGCAUGGGCCAAAAGGAUGCCUAUAUCGGAGAUGAGGCGCAGGCCAAGCGCGGCAUUCUGACAAUCAGAUACCCCAUUGAGCACGGCAUCGUCACCAAUUGGGAAGACCUGGAGAAAGUCUGGCACCACACCUUCUACAACGAGCUGCGUGUCUCUCCGGAAGAGCACCCUGUACUACUCACCGAGGCUCCUCUGAACCCCAAGGCCAAUCGUGAAAGGAUGACCCAGAUCAUGUUCGAGACCUUCAACACCCCUGCGAUGUAUGUGUCAAUCCAGGGUGUGCUGGCCCUCUAUUCCUCCGGCCGCACUACCGGCGUUGUGCUGAGCAGCGGUGAUGGUGUCUCCCACUCGGUGCCCAUCUACGAGGGAUAUGCGCUGCCCCAUGCCAUCCAGCGGUUGGACAUGGCCGGUCGCGAUCUCACGGACCGCAUGGUGAGAAUCCUCUCCGAGCGCGGCUACUCCUUCACGACCACCGCAGAAAGAGAGAUUGUGCGAGACAUAAAGGAGAAGCUGGGCUACGUUGCCAAAGACUACAACCAGGAGCUGAAGGAUGCCGAAACAUCGUCCUCGAUAGAGAAGAACUACGAGCUGCCUGACGGUCAAGUGAUCACCGUUGGGGCUGAGCGCUUCCGUUGCCCGGAAGCGAUGUUCGACCCGUCCUUCAUUGGCCUUGAACAGGCAGGGGUCCAUGACCUUGUGUUCCAGUCCAUCAUGAAAUGCGACGUCGACAUUCGCAGGGAUCUCUAUGGCAACGUGGUUUUGGAGGGCGGCAACACCAUGUUCGACGGCAUUGGAGAGCGCCUGACAAAAGAGCUCACAACCCUGGCUCCGGCAAGUAUUACGGUCAAGGUGGUUGCUCCGCCUGAGCGGAAGUACGGUGUGUGGAUUGGCGGUUCGAUCUUGGCGUCCCUCAGCACUUUCCAGCAGAUGUGGAUUGCCAAGGAGGAAUAUGAUGAAUCUGGGCCGAGCAUCGUGCAUCGCAAGUGCUUCUGA